AGCUGAGGAUUGUGGGAUACUGAAGGGAGAAUCUCUCCUUCCCCCCAACUGCUGAUAGCAGGAGAUGGACCAGCCUGAGAACACUGACGAACACGCGGAAGAGGAGCCUCAGCCGCAGGGGGAGCCCACGGGCUCGCCCCCAGCACCGCGGGCCCUAGAGGCCGAGGCGGAGGCGAACAAUGCGAAUACAGUUGAGGCAAAGAAAGUGGAUAAUGCUAAUGAAGGACCCAAAAAAAUCUUACCAUACAAAAGUAGGCCCCCCCCUCGCGACCCAGAAGUGGUGAAGAUCCAGGCCUGGUGGCGGGGCAUCGUGGUGCGCCGGUCGCUGCUGUUCGCGGCCCUCGGAGCCCUGACCAUCCAGCGCUGGUGGAAGCAGAUCCGCAUGAGGGCGCUGGAGGCGCGGCGGCGGGCGGUGCUGGAGGCCUUCACCCGGAAGGAGUGGGCCGCGGUCAGGCUGCAGUCCUGGGUCCGCAUGUGGCGCAUCCGCCUGCGCUACUGCCGCCUGCUCCACGCCGCCCGCAUCAUCCAGGGCUAUUGGCGGUGCCGGCCCUGCAGCUCCCGGGGCUUCAUUAAGGGCCACUACCGAGUCACGGCCAACCAGCUGCACCUGGAGCUGGAGAUCGUGCUGGGCUCGGAGCCCUGCAUCGUGUCGGAGUGUAUUCCCCUCCCAGUAAAGCAGUGA